GAGUUCCUGAACUUCCUGCUUCAAAACUGAAACUAAAGCGCAGCGUUUACGUUCAAAAGGUGAUAACAUUGUUCUGAGUGACACUGUGAUAUUGGACCAAAAGAAGCACUCUUUAUAUUGUGCUUUUCUUUUGAAAAGAAGGUAUACUUUUUUUCUUGAAACACGUUUCUUGACGGUUACGAUAGAGGCUUGCUUUUUGUAUACUGGAUAGGCCUACUAUUGAUUUCCCUGACAACUGAAAGACACCAUCGGCAGAAAUAAAGAGAUGGCGAGCCCGCAAAAGAUAUUUACUGAAGUGAGACUUAAGAUUGAUCCAGCCACCAUACCGCCAAAUUCAGUUUCAAGCAUUCUUCACGGCAAGACAGUGACACUUAGAAGUGAUGGUGGAUAUACAGUUGCCACCGGGUCAUUCCAAGAUAUUGAAGAUAUUCAUAGAAAGUGUAUAACUACACGACCAACAUAUGAUGGAAGUAGUAAUCUAAGACAAGAAGAGAUGCGCCUGAGGGGCCACACUGCAGCAGGUCUGGGACAAGCUCAAAGUUACUCUUUAGUAGUUCAACCAGUUCAGGUUGAUGAAGUUAUAAUGCAUUACAUACAAGAAAAGAAAUCUAAGGAACUUCACAUAAUAGAAAAUAGGAAUGGGGUUUCCAUAAAUCAGUCCACAAGUCAUGUGACUUUUACGUCCAAGACUGGUAAGAACAUACAAGCUCAAUUUGCACGAGAACAGUUUAUAACAUUAUAUCAAAAGACUGCAACAGGGCUGCAAACUAGGACAUACGUUUACAGUCCAAAUAUCAUUGCACUUUGCAGUGCAGAGUUUCCAGAACUCUUAAUCAAUUCAGAUCAAAAGCGUUUGGAACUGACCGGCAGCUUCAUUAUCCUUGAAAGAUUAGACACAUUUUUGAAUGGGAGUGCACAGCACAGAAUGGGAACAAUAUAUCCACAGCACCAAACCCCAAGAAAAACAAAAGACGAUGACAUACCUUACAAGCAACCCGUGACACAAGAAAAAUCAACGGACCCAGCCAAAGAUGAGAAAUGUCCAAUUUGUUUGGAUUCAAUCAAGACACCUGAUUGCACAGUUUUAAGUAAAUGCAAGCACAAAUUUUGUAAAGACUGUUUGGCUAGGGCUUUCCAGUUGAAACCAGCCUGUCCGAUAUGUGGAGAGAUAUACGGCGAUCUUACAGGGACGCAACCAAAAGUAGGAACCAUGACUGUCUCAAGGGACAGCUCUUCUUUACCUGGAUACAGAAAAUAUGGAACUAUCGUAAUUACCUACCAUAUACCAAGUGGACGUCAGGGGAAUGAACACCCAAACCCAGGCAUGGAGUACAUGGGGGCGUCCCGCAUAGCUUACCUCCCUGACUCAACAGAGGGGAACAACGUACUGAAGCUUCUGCGGAGGGCGUUUGACCAGCGACUCACUUUCACUAUUGGAUGUUCAUCUACCACUGGAAAGAACAAUGUGGUGACCUGGAAUGACAUUCACCAUAAGACGUCUCGUGACGGAGGGCCAACGCAUUAUGGUUACCCAGAUCCAGACUACCUGAAACGAGUACAAGAUGAACUGAAAGCAAAAGGAAUUUACUGAUUUUAUGAUCUUAACUUUGUAAUCAAUACAAACACUAUAUGAUUAUAACCAACCUAAAGUAAGGUUAUAUUGCAGUCUCAUGAUGACCAG